AUGAAGCAGUUUGUUCUUCUCUGGCUGUUGCCAGCUCUUUCAUUUGCCCAGUCUACGACGUCUACUACGGAUGUUCUGCCACCGUGGCAGACCGGAGUGGAAACUGAGGACGGAUCUUGCGGCCCAUCCAGUGGCGGACGAGUUUGCACUCCCACGUGGGGUGCGUGUUGUUCUGCUGACGACAUCUGUGGCCGAUCCAAAAUCGCCUGCGGAGACGGCUGGUCACCAACCUCUUUAUGGCAACUGCAACAGCGCUGCUCCUCCGCCAACAACUUCAACGGUUCCAACAACUCCAGCACCAGGGCCUGGCAGUGCAUCUCCGGACGGCUCAUGCAGUGGAACGAAUCAGUUUACUUGUGCCGGCUCAACCUUCGCAGUGGCAACUGGUGCGGUGACAGUACCAGUCACUGCGGAGCCGGUUGUCAGAACAAGUUUGGUAACUGCACGGUCAUUGCGGACAACAUCAGUACCGACGGGAGAUGCGGCUCCAACGGCAAGACUUGUCUAGGAUCUGCCUUUGGCUCCUGCUGCAGCGAGGGCGGCUGGUGUGGUAGCGAGCAGGCCCAUUGCAGUGCUGGCUGCCAGACCGGCUUCGGCAACUGCACCACCAGCGAAGGCUCAACGCCACCUAGCGACGUAUCCACUGAUGGGAAAUGCGGAAGCAAUGGGAAGACAUGCAAGAACUCAACUUUCGGAACCUGCUGUUCCAGCUCAGGCUUUUGCGGUUCUGAAACGGGGCAUUGCGGCAGUGGGUGCCAGAGCGGAUUCGGUACCUGCACUGCUGGCAACGACAACGUAUCAACCGACGGCUCUUGUGGUAACAAUGGGAAGACAUGCAAAGGGUCUUCGUUUGGCGAGUGCUGCUCACCUAGCGGAUUCUGCGGAGGCACGAAAACCCAUUGCGGCCCGGGCUGUCAGUCGACCUUUGGCACUUGCGAUGCCUCCUCGAGUAACGUCUCGACGGAUGGCACCUGUGGAAAGAAUGGCAAGACAUGCAAGGGGUCUGGCUUUGGGGACUGUUGUAGUUCCUCGGGAUUCUGUGGCUCAUCCACCAGCCACUGUUCUGUUGGAUGUCAACUGGACUUUGGAACCUGCGAUGCCUCUGCUGGCACCAUCUCCACAGACGGUACUUGUGGCAAGAAUGGCAAGAUAUGCAAGGGUUCCGGGUUUGGUGACUGCUGCUCAUCUUCAGGCUUCUGUGGCAGCUCCAGCGAUCAUUGUGGAACAGGCUGUCAAACUUCGUUCGGCACUUGUAAUGCUGGCUCUGGCAGCAUUUCCACCGAUGGUUCUUGUGGUAAAAAUGGGAGAACAUGCAAAGGGUCAACAUUCGGCGACUGUUGCAGUUCCUCGGGCUAUUGUGGCGGUACGAGCGAUCACUGUGGCUCAGGUUGCCAGGCCUCGUUUGGUACGUGCAACAGUGGUUCCGGAAGCAUUUCCACGGAUGGGUCUUGCGGGAAGAACGGCAAGACCUGCAAGGGAUCAGCUUUCGGUGAUUGUUGCAGCUCAUCUGGGUACUGUGGAGGCACCAGUGACCACUGUGGAACAGGCUGCCAGGGCUCGUUCGGUACAUGCAACACUGGCUCGGGCGCAGUAUCUACUGAUGGAGCUUGUGGUAAGAAUGGAAGAAUUUGCAAGGGAUCAACUUACGGAGACUGCUGCUCUUCUAGUGGCUACUGUGGCAAGUCAACUGAUCACUGCGGUGCGGGCUGCCAGUCUGCAUUUGGGACAUGUAGUAGUGGUUCAGCGGCCAUCUCGACUGACGGUGCCUGCUCAACAAACGGCAAGACGUGUAAGGGCUCGACCUUCGGAGAUUGCUGUAGCGCUUCGAAUUACUGUGGCAAGACGACUGCUCAUUGCGGAUCUGGAUGGGAGCAUGAGAUGGGAUCGAAAGCUGCCACGUGA